AGGUGUGGCACAGGGAGAGUUACUCCAGCCUAGGCAGCUGUGGACCGAGGGCAACCUUACACAUCCCUGCAAUCAGAAGUAAGGAUUUAGCUGCUCUGACUGGUGUGUGGACAAAACAUUCAUCUGCCUCCAGGCUGCCUAGUGGCUCUGCUUCCCCUGCCAUUCCUCUACUUGAAGUGGCUUCCUGGGCUUAGAGAGCACAUUCACUUAGACUUUCAGAAGCUGAAGCCAGGAAAUGGACUCAGUGGUUGAGGAUGUGGCUGCGGACUUUACACAGGAAGAGUGGGCAUUGCUGGAUCAUUCUCAGAGGCAACUCUACAGAGAUGUGAUGAUGGAAAUCUUCAGAAGCCUGGCCUCAGUAGCUUCUCAGAACCUUAUUGACGGAGACAAGCUAUCCACUGAAAAUAUAAUAGUACGAUUCAUGAAAAAUGACACAUGGUCCUCGAUGGUAGGAGAAAUCUGUGAAUUGCCUGGCACUCAAGAUCAGAAUAACAUCCAGAAAACACAUGUGAGUAACAAGUUUGUGUCCAACAUCAUGUUGCCUAUUUUUAACAGGAGGCAUAUGUUAGAGAACCUCUGUGAAAGUAAUGAAGACAAUCAUUGUGGACAGACCUUCAGCCAGAUUCCAAAUGUUUCUGUACUCAAAAGAACUCCUAUGGAAGCAUAUCCUUCUGAAUGCCUUGAAUGUGGAAAAUUCUUGAUGGAUCAUUUAUCACUUAAGCAUCAUAUCAAACGUCAGUCUGGAUACAGUGCCUAUCAGUGUAAGCAAUGUGGAGAAGUCUGCAGUUGUCCCUCUUACCUCAGCACUGCAGUGAGAACUCUUACUGGACAGAAAUUUUAUGAAUGUAAAAAAUGUGGCAAAGCCUUUAGUCAGUCCUCACAACUCACUUCACAUAUAAGAACUCACAGUGGUGAGAGGACUUAUGAAUGUAAGGUUUGUACCAAAGCCGUUAGUAACUCUGCAAACCUCACUUCACCUAUAAGAACUCAUAGUGGUGAGAGGCCUUAUGAAUGUAAGGAAUGUGGGAAAGCCUUUAGUCGCUCCUCACACCUCACUUCACAUGUAAGAACUCACAGUGGUGAGAGGCCUUAUGAAUGUAAGGAAUGUGGCAAAGUCUUUCGUCGGUCCUCAUCUCUCACUUCACAUAUGAGAACUCACAGUGGUGAGAGGCCUUAUGAAUGUAAGGAAUGUGGCAAAACCUUUUGUUACUCAAACUACACUAUACAUAUAAGAACUCACAGUGGUGAGAGGCCUUAUGAAUGUAAGGAAUGUGGCAAAGCCUAUAGUCACUCCUCACACCUCAGUGCACAUAUGAGAACUCACUGUGGAGAAAGACCUUACAAAUGUAUGGAAUGUGGCAACGCCCUUUGUUACUCUUCAGACCACACUAAACAUAUGGGAACUCACAGUGGUGAGAGGCCUUAUGAAUGUAAGCAAUGUGGCAAAGCCUUUCGUUGGUCCUCGCACUUCACUGCACAUAUAAGAAUUCACAGUGGUGAGUGACCUUAUGAAUGUAAGGAAUGCAGCAAAGCCUUUCGUCAGUUCUUACAGCUCACUAGACAUCUAAGAAUUCACAGUGGAGAGAGGCCUUAGGUAAGGAAUGUGGGAAAGCCUUUAGUUAUUAUCUCUCACUGAAUACAUAAGAAGUCACCCUGGAGAGAAAUAUGUUAAAUAUAUGGAAUGUGGGAAAUUUUGUUGUGAUUCUUCAAACCUCAGUAAUCAUAUAAAAAUUCAUGGCUUAGAGAUGCUUUAUAAAUGUAAGCAGUUUGUCCAUGUAAAUGAAUUAUGAUGAAGAAACAACCAAUGGUUAAUUGCAGCCAUUCACUUCACCCUUUAAGUUCCUACAAAUAAAGGUCAGUUUCCUAGCAGAAUAGCCCAGAUCUUCAUUGUCCCUCAAAACAAAUGAAAAUUUCUCCGGUUGUCCAUAAAUUAUCUGACUGUUAGGUUUUUUGAAGUUAGGAUCCAAACCAUAUUUCCACAUUACUUUUUUGUUUCUAGAUUUGCUUAAUCUGUCCUACACAGAACAUUCUUCUGCUUUUCUUGUAAAUGUUAAAAUGUUCAGCAUUCUGAAUACAGUCAAACCUGUGACAGCUAGCACCCGUGUUAAGUCAGAAACCAGUCAGAGAAGAAAAACUCAGUGGGUGUUUAUGAUGUAGGAUUCUUAAUAGAGAGCAAAAGGAAAAUGAUAAGCACCCAGUAAAAGGUGGAAAAUACGCAAGACCUGGUAAAACAAGUCACUCCCAUUGCAUUCCGGCUCUCACAGGUUUUACUGUAUUUGUGUUAUGAUUUUGUUUAGUCUUAUGUAUUUUUUGUAAUACAGACAUUGAGUCUUGCACAGUUCUAAUAGAAAUGUAAUGCACGUAAAAGAUGUAAUUUAAAAUAUUUUAGCCAUAUUAGACACAUAAAAAUGUAAAUGUGAAAUUUUUAAUGAAAAAUCUUAUUUAACCCAAUAUGUCUAUUUAUUAUCAAGGUAAAAAUUACAAAUGAAAUUAAGCAAUAUGAAUUUAUUUAUAUUUUAUAUUUCCUUUUUUUGUACUCCAUCUUCUAGAAUUCAGAAGCAGCACGUUUCAUAAACAUUAUUGUUGAAAAGUAGACUCACAAUUCCAGGUUACUCCAAGCAUACUUUUCCAAUAAUUGAAUCAAGUUUAUUGUUAUAUUUAAAUUAAUAAAAAAUAGAAUUUAUUCAGUUUCUUAGUUUUACCAACCAGAUAGAUUGUUGAUACAACCUUAUUAGUGUUUUAAUGCAAAAGAAGUCCCUGGAUUACUUUGUACUUCCUGUUCCAGAUCUGGAAUCAACAUUUUCUCCCCAAACCUCUGGUUCCUUUUAAAAACCAAGGUGUGUGAAAUACAUGGGCUCGGUGUUAAACCAAAACCUGUUACCACUGAGUCAGUUUUGUCUCUGCCUUUCAGUGAGCAUAAAAAAUACAUUAUUUCUUACAUCGUAAAUUCAUGCUUAUUCCUAAUAACAAAUUUAAGGUUAUGUAAGUAUAUAAAUAAAUAUGUAAGUGUAUAAAUUAUAUACGUAUACAUGUAAGAAAUGGUGCCGGACAAUGUUAAAUAUGCAAAAGUGUGCUGGACAGUGUUAAAUAGGGAAACUAGACUUUAUUCAGCCUGUUGCAAUAGGAAAGAGUCUUCAGGAUAAGUCUGAAUUCAGCUCCAAAGGGUAAGGUGUGGUAAGAGUUUUUUUAUGAGUUCUGGGUAUUAUGGGGCACUGGAAACUUACUAGUUUGAACUUAGCAAGCAAAAACAUGGCAGGAAGAUGGGUUUCAAGCAAGAAUUAUAAUGGUUUUCAGAAAUGUUUGCUCACGGCUGAUUUAUUAGGCUAAAGCAAGGAAGAGUCA